AUGUCUGAUGACGAGGACGAGGGACUAUUAAGAAUCGCCGAAAGCCCUUCAGAUGAUGGUUUGUCUUGAAAUUUCAGAUUUUCAGAUGAACACAAUCAUAAAAUUCAAUAUUUUCAGCUUCGUUUACUCCUCAAAAACCCCUACAAGAAUUGGGAUACGAUAAGAAUUCAGGUAUUAGAAUUUCCGGGGAAAUGUACUCUUCUUAAAAAUACAAAUUUUGUAGUUUUUCAUGGGCGGUUCGAGGGGGGAAAAGAUUUUUCAGAUAUUUAUUACGAUUUUUUAGGACAAAGAUUUUAAUUUAUUUUUUGUUUUGGGUGAGGUGGAAAUUUAAAUUAAAAAAAGCUCACGUGAGUUUUUUCUUCGAGAAUUUUAAUCAUUUCUAGAUCCUUUAAUUAGGAAAAAAGUAAAAAUGAAGGCAAUUAAGUGAGGAAAAAUUUAGAUUUAGAAAAUUUUUUGUCGACUAUAAAUACUGGCUCAAAUGUUUAAAUCCAACGCCAAAAUUUAGUAACUCGAAAAUUAAAAUUUUUUGAGUCACAUUUCAAGUUUUACUAGAAAUAAAUUUGACGCCAGAAUUUCAGCCAGCUAUUUAUUUCAACUAUACGAUUUCCCAAGGCAAUUUUGAAAAUUCAAAAAUAAUUUUUUUUUUGAAAAAAAAUUUGCGAAAUUCGAUUAUUUUCAUGAGAAAAAUGAUAGUAUUUUAAUCAAUCAAACUGAAUAGAUUUUUUCUUUUCUGCUAGACUUAGAGCAUGUUUUGAUUCAAAAAAGCAGCCCAAAUUUUCAGGAAAAAUUUUUUAAUUACAGCCGCGUUAUAAAAUAAUUUUUUUUUCAAAACCGGAAUGAAGUUUUAAUUAAAGUUAUGAGAUCUUUAAAUUGUUCUAAAAUCUUUCCCAAAUUUUUUUGGACUUCAUAAAUCCUUUUUUUCCUCAAAUUUGAGCCUUCUCCCCUAAAACCUCUAAUUUUCUUCUAUUUUUCCAGACAAUAUCAUAAUGCUUCCACUAGUUCCCAAAAAACCGGACGAAAAAGAAAAAGAAGAAGGCGAAAUCGAUGAUGACGAUGAAGUUUCGAGAAUCGACGAAGAAAUCGAGGAAAUCCCAGAAACCACAACAAAACAAUGUUUCGAUAUGCCAAUUAUCCAUGUUCCACCACUAAAAUUUCAGGAAAAAUCUGUAGUUGAGGUUGAAAAACAUCAUGAAAAUACCAAUGAACAACAAAACUCUCAUCAAAAUUCAACAACAACAAAUCUAGUUCAAAAUCGGAAGAGAAAUCAUCAUAGAGAUAGCUCAUCUUCAAGUUCAAACGAUGAAAAACGCGCCAAAAAUCAUCAGAGUCAGAUAACUGUAGCAAAUGAGACGCCAAGAUCAAAAAGAACAAGUCAUCAAGUGGCAUCGGCUGCAAUUACAGCAUGUUUUGAUGAAGAGGAUAUGGUAUUGCCACAAAAUAGUGGAUAUUUGGUGGAGAAAAAAGAGAUUGUGGCAGGAAAUAUGGGAGUAGGAAAUACGGGAAUGGGAAAUUCGAGCAAACGGCCAAAGGUUAGUGAGAAGUGGGGGAGAUUUUCGAGUGAAAUUCUGAAAAGCCAUGUGGAAUUUAGACGCCAAUCAUUGAAUUUUCAAUUUCAAAUCAACGCGUAGAUGCACAUUUUGCCACGUCAUCAAAUUAUUUUAAAUUUCAAAUUUUCACAUUGUCACUUAAAUUUUUAGAGCUGAUUUUUUAGACCAACCAGUUAAGAUUUUUCAGAAUUUUUGUUCAAAAAAUCAGUUUUCAAGUGUUCAAAACUACAAAAAAUAUUUUUUUAAUCGCCCAAAAAUGUGGCUCUAAUUACGAAAAAAUUAAGUUUUUUGUAGAGAAAAGUACAAUUUUUCUUAGUAAAUUUUGAAUUUUUGAUCGAAAAAAUUGGAAAAUUAUAGGGAUCCCCUUUAACCUCAAAAUCUGAAAAUCCCAAUUCAUUUUUUUGCAGAAAGACGCGUCAACAAAUUGUUGCGAAAAAAACGAGGAUACAUCGGAUAUCAACGAAAAAUUAUCGAUUUUUGACGCGCCGCCCGGAACAACGAUGGUUAUUGAAAUUACUGUUAUGUAUAGAUGUAGUCAGUUUUUUCAUCGAUUUUUUAUAGAAAUUUUGAGAGAACCACCUUAAUUUUUAAUCUGAAAAUUCAGAAAAAAAAAAUUUAAAAAUUAAAUUUUUAUGGGAAAGUGAAAAUUUUCAACUUUGGUGCUCUUUUUUUCGCGCCUAAUUUCCGAAUUUUGCAGACGAACACCUGGCAUUUCGAACAAAAGGCAAAGAAAAUGCGGAAAUCUACGGUAUUUUAAGUGAGGCCGGUUCAAGAAUGCAUAUGGGUCUCGCAGCGAAACGAAAACAAGCGGGUAAUUUGGAGAAUGGAAAUCAUUCAAAUCACAGUAAUUCGACUGAAAAUCAUCUGAAAGUGGAAAAAGAUAAAGUUCGAGGAAAUUCGCAAACUCGAGAACACAAAAAUGAGCAUAAAAGGAAUAAAGAUAAGAAGAAACAUGUGAGCCCGAAAGAUGAACAAUCAUCUGUUGGUUCUGCUGAAAAUGAGCAUUUUCCGACUGAUAAUUUGAAAUUAGUCGAAAUUGACACGGAAAAAAUGCACGAUUGUCAUUUUGAUGGAUGCUCCAAACGAUUCUUCUUGGCUAGUGAAUUGAAUUAUCAUGUGACAAAGUUUCAUAGAAGAAAAGUGGUGAGUUCUUUUUUAGUGGGGGAAUUUAUGCUAUGAAAUUUCGAGCAUUUUGACAUCGAAUAAGUUUAGGGUUAAAGAUUUAGGCUUAAAUGUAGGCUCAGCUUUGGGCUUAAAUUAAGGCCGAACAAUUUAGGAAUAAAAAUUUAAGUUUGAAUUUAGGCAUUAAAGUUUAGGCCUUAGCUUAAUGACCUUCAAAAAUUAGGAUUAAAACAUCAUAAAACACACUUCAAUUUCAGAAAAUUUUCUCCAUCAUUCUCUUUACCAAAGGGAGUUUCGGGGCCAAAAUGUUUUCAAAAAUCUCUUGAAUAUCUGAAUUAUGAAACCUAUUGUAAAUAAUGUUCACAAAUUCCCCUUGACUCCCCAUUUUUCCAGAUUAUGACAGACACAAUCGCAUGUCAAACUGCUGAAUCUUCGUUCGAUCUUCCUCCUCCUCCUCCACCAAUUCCUGCACCAAUUCCAAUUGCAGUUGCACCAAUAAUAUCAGUUCCAACUGCAGCCGCUCAAAUUCCAGUCUCAAUUCAAAAUAUCCCACCAUUAGCACCUCAAACAAUGGAACAAAUAACACCAAUGCCAGUCUUGAGAUCAGCAAAAUCUCCACAUUAUUCCGAUUUAUCAGAUGAUGAUGAUGAAAUUGUCAAAAAUGUGAUUGAGAAAAAUGCACAAGUCAAAAAACAGCAGCCUCUACAAGUACCAAUUCAACCAAUUCCACAAACUAGCCUACAAAGCCUAAAUCCGAGUCUAAGUCUAACACCAAAUCUCACGAACAAUCCGCCGACUGGAUUUCAAAAGAAUAAUAUUGUGACGCCGGCGGCGAUUCGAAGUAAUAGUGCAUUUGUUAUGGCCAGUGGAAAACAGCCAAGUAGACGUGAGUUUUUUGUGAAAUUCCCAUUUUUUUAAAAUUCAUUUGUAAUUUUUAGCAAAAUCAGCUGAAAAUCAAUGAAAAUUACAAAAAAGGCAAAUUUUUUAUCUGUACUUUUCAGCGAAAUUUUAAGAAAAAGUCAUUUUGCCAUAGAUUUGCUAGAAAGUCCUGUUUUCAAAUUUCCACUGCAAAAACCCGAAAUUCAGAAUUGUGAAAUCAUUUUUCAUGAUCUUCAGGUUUUCCUGAAGAUUUUCUAACCCAUUUCGACCUGAAAUUUGAAAUAUCACACUUUCCUCCUCUAAAAAUCUCUCCAUUUUCAGCUCAAUCCUCCCAAAUCCACCCAAUUCCUUCCUCAUCUUCCACUUCAUCUCUACCAACAUCUUCAAUGGUUCAACCAGUUCCCUUAGCCGCUCCCGUUCCUGGAAACAUCCCAUUCAUUCCCGGUUUUCAUCCGGCAAUGCUUCAUCCUGGAAUGAUGAGCCAAUUUCAACCGGGAACCAGUCAAAAACCAUCACAAGAUAAUCAUAAAAUACACGAGUUGGCUGGCGGAAAUUCGGCGGGUAAAGAACAACGAUUGACUGGAGGCGGGAGAAAUAGUUUGGGAGGUGCCAAGAUUUCUACAACACCUGCGACACCACAACAGCAGACGAAUCGAGGCAUCCCGCAACAACAAGCUCAGCAACAACAGUUUUUGACGCCGAGUGAGUUAAUUUUGGGGUAAAAUUUGAAAGUUCUUAUCAAUUUCAAGAAAAUAUCGAAAAUUCAGCUGAAAAUAUUGAAAAUUUUAUUUUUUUUAUCUCAAAAAUUAUUUUUUUGUCAUCUGAAUUUGAUUGAAAAUGGUCAACUUCGGGCUGAAAUUGAACGACUAUUUGUCAAACAUUGAUAUUUCAGACUAGAAUCACAUUAAACUCUGAAUUUUUAGAAAAAAUUAAACUUAAAAAUUUUUGAAACAGUGAAUAUUAUUCAUCAAUCAAUUAAUAAAAUAACAACAUUUACGAUAUCGAUUUGCCUCGAAAAAUUAAAAGCUUUGAGUUAUUUUUGAAACAGUAAAUUUUUACAUUUCAAAAAUCCAUGAAAAAUUGAUUUUUGUGCUCUAGAAAUUCAGAGUUUUAGGCCAAGCUGCUCAGCAACAACAACAAUAUAUGCAGAAUAUGCAAUUUCAACAACAAAUGAUGGCUGCGACAAGAGGAAUACAGGUAGAUUUUUUGGGGGUGGAAUUUUUUAUAGCAAAAUAUUGGUUGCCACGUGGAUUUUUUGAAUAUUCUUAGAACUUUUUGAACAAAAAAUAAUUUAUUUUUCAAAAAUUCUCUGUUUCAGAAAAGUUUUCCAAAUUUUUUAAAUUAUUCACAAAACCAUACACAUUUUGAAAAAUUCCCAGAUGUAUUCGUUUUGAAAAUUUUAAAAAUUCAAUUUGGCGACAAAAAUCCACGUCGCCAUUCAAAUUUCGAAAUUCUUAAGUUUUGGUGCUAAAAAUAGCAUUUCUUGCAGCUUCCCACUCAAAAUGACAUGCUAAUGUUCUCAAUGAUAAAUCCGAUGGCAUUUCAACAAUUAGCUUCUCAAACUCAAAAUCUACCACAACAACCACCAAAAUAG